CAUGGCGGAUUUCGACAGCUACGAUGAGCGGCAGCAGCAGUACAGCAGCUUCGGGGGAGGCCGGGGAAGAUCUCGUGUCAGUGGUCCUCGAAAACAGAAGGAAUUACCCACAGAACCUCCUUUCACAGCCUACAUAGGAAAUUUACCUUUUAAUACUGUGCAGGGAGACAUUGAUGCCAUCUUUAAGGACCUAAACGUAAGGAGUGUUCGACUAGUCAGAGACAAAGAAACAGACAAGUUCAAAGGUUUUUGUUAUGUAGAAUUUGAUGACCUGGAAUCCCUUAAAGAAGCAUUGACAUAUGAUGGAGCACUUCUUGGUGAUCGAUCUCUUCGGGUUGACAUAGCAGAAGGCAGAAAGCAAGAGAAGGGUGGUUUUGGCUUCAGGAGAUCAGAUGACAGAGGAGUUCAGGGAGGAAUGUUGACCGGAAUACCACAAUAUUUCUACAGAGGUACUGAUUCAACAGGUUUCAGAGAUGAAGACUAUGGUGACCGGUCUAUGCUUGGAUUUGGAGGAAGUAGGCCCAGAGGUGCCCGUCUUGGAGACAGACGAGGAGGCUGGUCUAGAGAUGGACCCUCUCGUGGCUCCUGUAUGGAAUUCAGAGAGGCAACAGAAGACAAUGUCCACACAUCUGGGAAGCUUCAGCUUGACAAGAUGAAGAAUGUUAGUGAUGAAGAUAGCAAAAAGGAGGAGCGGGCACAGAGACCCAGACUGCAGCUCAAACCUCGCACAGUCGCUGCCCCACUUAACCAGGUAGCCAAUCCGAACUCAGCCAUAUUCGGUGGAGCCAGGCCUCGGGAGGAAAAAACUGGACAUGAGGAGCCCUAGCUGGCCAGAAUCAUGGAAAGUUAGGCACAGCACUUUCCAUCCCUACCACUCAACAGACUUGCUUUUGCCUACUCUUCCAACUCUCAAUGUAGCUGAUUCCAAUGGUUUCUUUCUAAGAACACUCCAGCUUAUCUGUAUUUAAGCACCUGCCUGGUACCAUCUUUUAGCAUUGGACAGUUUGAAAUCUUCAAGUGGUAGUUCCUCCACAUAACAAAAAAACAGUCUCUUAAAUGGUACUUGUGAAUAUUGCUGUACUGAGUUUCUCAGAAAUACAGAUGUGGCUGCUCAUUAGAACCUGAUGUUUUAUGGACAUCUUUCUCACUAAAUACUGUUGACCAACCUGCACGUAAUAUUCUCUGACCUAAACAUACAUGUGUGUAUAUUUUUUAAUAUGUACUAUAUAUAUAUACACACACACACGUGAACACAUUAUUCACACGCACACUCAGAGAUAUUUUAUAGAUCUCAGAAUAUUGCAUGUGUUAGAAAGAUACUAUUCGAACGACACUGAAAACUCAGUAGCCAUGGGAUCAAGCAGUUAAGCAUUCAGGAAGACAUGGUGCAUUUUGAAUAGCCAGACACUGAGCAGUGUGCUCAGAUUUUCUUCAAUGACCAUUCCCAUUGAAGGCACAUAGCCAUUUUUUCAACAUCUUGCGCUGUGGUUCUGUUGCAGAGAAGUUCCAAACAAAUGACAAACAAAAAGCUUUUUUUUACCAGGCCAUGAUCUCCUGUUGUCCUGUGAGUGAACACAUUUAUCCAUUCAUGCACAAGGAACUGGAUCUGACAAAUCUCAUUUUAAGUAGAAUCCUCAGAAUGUCGGAAUUUUGAAGUCACGUUGAAUUUGGAAAACUGUCGCUUUUUUAGAGCAUCCUAGAUAAUUAAUGUCCCACAUUUAACUUCACUUUAAGUAUAAGAAUUCCCAACAUUUUACAAAUUCUAUUUCAUGAUAUACAAAAUAAAUUUCACAUUUUGGGAAUGAUUUUUAAAAAUAAAAGCAUAGAACCGUAUUCAUUAACCCUGUCUCCUAAUGGGUGCCAUAUAUACCUUUUAAAUGCAAUUCCAAUUUUUGAGCAAGGUUGUGUGAUUUCCCCAUGGGGGAUAUUUCUCAUCCUUAGACCUUCUAUCAGUCUGUGGGAGAGAAUGAGGCACAAGUUAGGGCCAUACACCCAUUGUCAAGUUAACAUCAGCUCUUAUAUCCCUGGCUUGUACUAUGUCAACAGGAAUAACACUUAGAGUAGAUAUUAUGUUUCCCCUGUCAGGUUGGGUAUUGGAGGAGGGACCCUGAAAUAGGGUGCGUCUAAUGAAAGAGA